AUGUUUCCCAACAAGGACCCUGUUCACCCACCAGAGGGUCACAUUCCUAUUUGUGAUCUGUUUCAUGGCUGCGCUGGGAAUGGUCACUUAUUCACAGUUGAUAUCGCCAUGUUGCAGUUAUUUGCUUACGUUAUCAAAGUGGGAGCUCGGCAUGAUCGAUUCAGAAGGAGGGAGUUGAGGUGCUGCGUUCAAUUUCUGAUCAUGUUCCUCACCUACACCGUCACAUGGCUGACGUUCUUCCUGUAUCCGGCCAUCGGCAUCGAAGCACCUGAAGCCUACGUCGUUACUACCGUCGUUUUCAUGAUCAACUGUGGCAUCAACUCCAUCAUCUACCUCACUCUGAAUAAAGAGGUUCCUACAGCAAAUAUUUGGAAGAAAAAUUGA